AGAUACAACCUGUGUUGGACAAUGGACAUAUAUAUUUGGUGGAGUUGUGGUCAAAGAGUGAGUCGAACAAGAACAUAUUCAUUCAUUGAUUGCUUCCUUACUUCCUCUGUCAAAACUGUGAUAGCAGCUUCAAUUUCACAAGGAAUGGUGUAGAAGUUAUCUAUAUAUACACACAGUCACAGAGAUGGGGAAUUUGUUCGUGAAGAAACCCAAGAUCACCGAUGUCGAUCGAGCUAUUUUGUCUCUCAAGACCCAGAGACGCAAGCUCGCUCAGUACCAACAACAGCUUGAAGCUGUAAUUGAAGCAGAAAAGCAGGCUGCAAGAGACUUGAUUCGUGAUAAGAAAAAGGAAAGAGCUUUGUUAGCAUUGAAGAAGAAAAAGGCACAAGAAGAAUUAUUGAAGCAAGUCGAUACCUGGGUUAUUAAUGUUGAGCAACAAUUGCAAGAUAUUGAACUAUCAAGCAAGCAGAAAGCUGUGUUUGAGAGUUUGAAGGCUGGUAAUAGUGCAAUUAAAGCUAUUCAAAGUGAGAUCAACCUUGAGGAUGUUCAAAAGCUAAUGGAUGAUACUGAGGAAGCUAAAGCUUACCAAGAUGAAAUUAGUGCAAUUUUGGGGGAGAAAUUAUCAACAGAAGAUGAAGAGGAAAUCUUAGCAGAAUUUGAGAACUUGGAAGCUCAGAUAACUAUUCAAGACCUUCCCGAAACUCCUGCUUCAGUGCCGGGUCCUCAAGAUGAGAAGUUGGACCUUCCUGAUGUACCAACCAAAGUGCCAGUUGCACCUGAUGUGGUCACAGAUGAUGCAAAAGAUUCUGCUACGAUUAAAGUUAUGGAGGAACCGGUGCUGGCUUGAUUUGUAUAUGACAAUUGAAUUAGCUCGCCAUUCUGAAACUAAUCACCAGUUGAAUUUGACCUGUUCAGCAAUAUGCAUGUAUUGAUUUGGAUGAUUUUGAUUUUCUGUACCCUUACUUAAAGACUUGUGAGUUGUACAGAUUUAUAUUUCUCCAACCCUUGAUGUUUUGUUUCUAAAAUUCUUAAUU